CGUCGCUUCUCAUAGUUUUUUGACAGGAAAACACUAUCGAAGUUUUCACGAAAAAUCUUCCUUCGUACAGACACGUAUUGACAACAACUAUUAAGUGUUUGUUAAUUGCUACGAUUAGCCAUCUCCAUACACUCACGUUCAUUGGAUUACAUCGCUCGCUUCGAAAACGAGAUCAAAGGCGAAUGUCUGGAUUACAAAUUGGUUAUGACAUCCGUAGAAACCAACAGCACGAGGAUUAAAAUUUAAUAAGCACAUAAAAAAUAAUGGGAUUAAAAUGAAUAAAUUUUCAUUAAAUAAUAAAUUAAAGUAAAAAUCGAGUACAUGUGAAAAAAGAAAAUUUUCUCUCACAAAAUAAAUUGAAAAAUUAAAAAAAAAAAUUAACACACGAGUGCAAAAAUAUUAAAUACAAAAAAAAAAAGAAAGAGAGAAAGAAAGGUGUUAAAUAUUAAUUAAUAAUUGGAUUGAAAUUGGAAGCAAUAAUUACCCGUCACGACAAUAAUUGCCCCUCGAGUGAUCAAAGCGAAAAAAGUAUAAAAUUAAUUGUUCAAUUAUAAAAAAUUGUAAUUAAAAAGUGGUGUCGGGCGAUUGAAAUCAAUGUUGGAAACAUGUUAACGUCAAGCAAUCAGUACAUCAGACCGGAAUAUUUAUCCCCGUUGCCCAAUACGUUUGACUCGAAAAACAGUCCGUUGGCGUUGUUAGCACAGACAUGCAGUGCAAUUGGAUCAGAUCAACCGAAUCCCAAGUUACUCGCAAACAUCGAAAAAAGUCAGAAAAUGUCGAGCAACAGCAAAGAAAGUCGCGACAAACUUUCGCCCGGAAGUAAUUCGACACUUUCAAACAGCAGCUCAUCGGCAAGUGAUACACCAAAAUCUAGUUUUAAACCGUACGAACCGAAUUUUCGGGAAAAGAAUAAUUCGCCCGAAGAUCGCACACACAAAACUCGUUCGCCAUCGAAUGCGAAAAAUGCAACGCUCCAACCGGCGGGUCCUCACAUUUUGCAAAACAGCAACGGAAGAUGCGAAUCGAACCAAAGUGCCGCAAGUGUUUCGCGUGAUUCUCCGGCAAAUUUGAGUCGAAAGACCCCGAAUGGCGGAGAAAAGGGUUUGAAUUUGAGUCCAAAUCGUGCCUCAAAAGGAAAAGAAUCGCCAUCGGAACGAACAUCGAGCGAAAAGGCAACCGAUUUAUCCAAAGAAAGUAGCAAUAGUAGUAGUAGUAGUAAAGUUUCUGUGCCAACGACUUCAUCUUCUUCUUCUUCUGCAAUGUCAGCAAAUCCGUAUCUCAGUAGUUUUACGACGCCUCCCGGAUUCCCAUAUCCCAUGGAUUUAAUGACGGCAAGUGCGUUACAACAUCAAUCCAUGUUAAAAGCAGCUGCUUUAAGUCCAUAUUUGAAUUACGCUCGAAUGAAGAUGCCCGGCGGAGCGGAAUCAAUGAUGCCCGUUUGUCGCGAUCCUUAUUGCACGGGAUGCGCAUUGAGUCCUCACAUGAUGGGCAGUAAAGGAGCUUCGAGUGCAAAUGGAACAUGUCCCGCUGGAUGUACACAAUGCGAUCAUCCAAGUGCGAAAAAUCCAUAUCCCUCCCUUCCAACGAGUGCUUAUGCUCAUGCUCAAUUAGCGGCUCUCGCAGCAGCUUCUCAAAUGCCCUACGUGUGCAAUUGGAUAGCAGGCGACUCAAAUUAUUGCGGAAAACGUUUCGCAACGUCAGAAGAGCUUUUUCAACAUUUGCGCACGCAACAUACGACAGGCAGUAUGAGUGAAAGUAUGAUAAAUCCCGCCAUUGCUGCAGCAGUUGCUUCGGGAAUUCCUCCGACACAUCCGUUAUUCCAAAGAGCAUAUCCGUCGCAACAAUUGAGUCCUUUGUCGACGGCGCGUUAUCAUCCGUAUGGCAAACCAAGUUUACUUCCAUCGUCAUUACCCUCGAGUUUAGCGGGACUUCCUCCCGGAUAUCCUCCGUCAUUAGCGCAAUACUUCUCCCCUUAUUCGCUGUAUGGACCUCGAUUGGGAUCGACGCAUCCUCCAUUGUAAAACUCUUUUGGCGAAAUCCCCCGAAAUACAUAUCAAUCGUCGUCUUUUUACCCGAAAAAUGUGGUUUCUCUGCCUUGUUACGCAAUAUUAAGAAUAGAAAUGACUGUCAAAAAUCUUAAAUGUACUCCGCUUUUCCUUUCUCCAAUAAGAAACUUUUUUCUUCUCGUAUAAGACUUAAAACGAUAAAUAAAUUUAGUUUAAAAUUAAAUAAUUGGUAAGA